AUAUAGGAGUAUUGUGAUUCUCUUAUUAUUAGACUUUAUAUUGUAAUUAUGUUAGGAUCAAUUAUCUUUUAUGUGUAAUUACUUUCUUUGUCUCUUUGUCUCAAAUCCUAUAAUAUAAAUAGGAGCACUUGCUUGUACUUAAACAUAACACAAAAAUAUAUACAAAUGUCUUUUUAUAUUUUCCUGAGUUUCUACAUGGUAUCUAGAGCUUAGGUUUUAUUUGGCUCUUACCUUUUGCCAGUUUUCCUGAGUAUUCUUUUUUUUUUACUGCCGCCACUUCUAAUCGGUGCUUCACUGAUUUAUUAAAGCACCACAAAUCCUAUUUUCGGUGAUUAUUUCUUUUCACUCCAUCUUAAUCUCUUAAAGCACUAGCUUGAUCCCUUUUGUUAUUUUGCCAACCAAUCACCAUACAUCAACCUGAUAUCAUCAAAAACAGUAAGCUUUUCACCAAUUAAUCUCCUCCCCUUCAAAUAGUAAACGUGUUCCUUCACAUACUAUUUGAGUGAGAUCUAAUUCUCUACGGUUACCGAUACUGCUCUAACAGUAUUAAUUUCGUUGAAGCCAUAGUAAUAAUGGAGAAAUCCGAGGUCACGGUCCCUAUUACGGUUACUCUCAACGGCUCUAAUUAUGAUCAAUGGACUGAAGCGAUGUGUGGAUUCUUGAAAGGUCGGCGGCUCUGGCGAUAUGUGACGGGUGAUAAAACGUGUCCCACAAUCGCUGCUAAUGAACAGGCUGAAGCCUUUGCUGACAGAUUAGAGGAAUGGGAUAGCAAGAAUCACCAGAUCAUUACUUGGUUUCGCAAUACCUCAACUCCAGGUAUCCAUAUGCAAUUUGGACGAUUUGAGACAGCCAAAGAGGUAUGGGAUCAUUUAAAACAACGUUAUACUAUUUCUGAUUUAUCUCAUCAGUAUCAAUUGUUGAAAGAUCUUGGUAAUUUGAAACAACAAUCUGGUCAGCCUGUUUAUGAGUUUUUAGCACAAAUGGAAGCAAUAUGGAAUCAAUUAGCCUCGUGUGAGCCUUCUCUGAAAGAUGCAACCGACCUAAAAACAUAUGAGAAGCAUCGUAAUCGUAUUCGGCUAAUUCAAUUUUUGAUGGCUCUCACUGAUGAUUAUGAACCGGUGAGAGCAUCUCUGCUGCAUCAAAACCCUUUACCUACACUAGAGAAUGCUCUUCCUUGUCUUAAGUCUGAAGAAACUAGAUUGGGACUGCAUCGUCCACAAAAUGAUCUUGCCUUCGCAGCUACCAAUAAAACUACCAAUUUUUGUCGUCAUUGUCGCAAGCCUGGACAUUCCUUCUCUGAUUGCCCCAAUGUGGAAUGUCAUAAUUGCAUGAAAAAGGGUCAUAUUGCUUCAAACUGUUGUCGAUACUGCAAGACACCCGGACACUUGAUUCAGAAUUGUCCCACUCGCCCUCCGCGAUCUGAUCAAAAGAAGAAUCAACAACGUCCCAACUUUUCGAAGCCUGCACUUGCAACUGCUGCUGCCAAUAGUUCUGCAGAAUCCUCCCGGUCUACCUUUUCUGUCACUGAUCUUGAGUCUCUGCUUAGACAACUUCUUCCUUCUGGUAACGGUAAUACUCCCGCCGCUCUUUCGACCACACCAGGAUCCGCGGACGGGACAACUCAUAGGGACUGGAUGUAAGACCGGAAGGCUAUUUGAGCUCACUAAACUGCAUGUUCCUCAAGUGCCUAACAUAUGUGCCGCUUCCAAAGAUUCUUCCAUUCGACUUUGGCACUGUCGUCUUGCUCAUAGCUCUAUUGGAAAAAUGCGUCAUCUUGUGUCUCAAGGUCAUUUAGGAUCUGUUGCAAAUGAGUCUCUUGAAUGUACUUCUUGUCAAACUGCUAAGCAACCUGCUUUAUCAUUUAAUAAAAGUACCUCUAUUUCAA